AUGUCCGACACGUGGAGCUCCAUUCAGGCUCACAAGAAGCAGCUGGACUACCUGCGGGAACGUCUGCAGCGGAGGAGGAAGGAUGUCAACUCUCAGCUGGUGCUGGAUCUCCAGAACCCAGAUGCUGGGCUGGCUUCAGGUUUGCGUAGUGAUAGCCCAGUCCCUUCUGCUCCUCCACAAACUUCAAAGCCAUCAAGUGGACCAACAGAAGUAAUUCCCGAUCCUGAAUUGGAGAGUAAGCUGCUACAUCAUCUAUCAGAUCUGUCACUUGUCCUGCCAGCAGACUCUGUAUCCAUUCAACAUGCUAUUGCUACGCCAGAAUUUCCUGUGUCACGCCAAGCAGUUGAAAGCCUUUUACAAAAAAUUUGCUGCUCAGGAGCUUAUUGAAGUUAAAUGUGGUGAGCAUGAAGAUAACGACCGUCCAACUGUAGUUAUUUAUUCUGACCAUUCCAAGCUUUCCGCAAUGAUGGGAGCUGUAUCUGAAAGAAAAGGACAAACUACUGCUCCAGGAGCAAAAAAGAGAAGAAUACAGGAGACGGAUGGUGCUACCUCCUCAUCUAUAGCAUCAUCCUCUGGUACUUCAGGAGAGAAAAAACCAUCCGAGCCCCAUAAGAAGGCCCGCAAACAUGCAUCCCAUCUGGACCUGGAAAUAGAGAGCUUGCUAAGUCAGCAGUCCACUAAAGAACAGCAAAGUAAGAAGGUAAGUCAGGAGAUCUUGGAGCUGCUCAAUACUAGCACAGCCAAGGAGCAAUCCAUUGUAGAGAAGUUCCGCUCCCGUGGAAGAGCUCAGGUCCAGGAGUUCUGUGAUUAUGGGACAAAAGAAGAGUGUAUAAGAGCGUCUGGAGCAGACACUCCUUGUCGGAAACUACACUUCAGACGCAUCAUCAACCCACAUACCGAUGAGUCUCUGGGUGACUGCUCUUUCCUGAACACCUGUUUCCAUAUGGACACUUGUAAAUAUGUUCAUUAUGAGAUUGAUGCAUGGGUUGAGCCUGGAGGAACAGCAGCUGGGAUCGAAUCUGCUCCAAGUCAAGAUAUGCCCCUAGUUAAGAGUGUAGGAGAUGCAAGUGUAGGUCGUCUCUUCCCCUCACAGUGGAUCCGGUGUGAUAUCCGAUACCUGGACAUGAGCAUUCUGGGCAAGUUCUCUGUGGUAAUGGCUGACCCACCAUGGGAUAUUCAUAUGGAACUACCAUAUGGGACCUUAACAGAUGAUGAGAUGAGAAAAUUGCAGAUUCCAGUGCUGCAGGACGAUGGAUUCCUGUUCCUCUGGGUAACUGGAAGAGCUAUGGAACUGGGCCGAGAAUGCUUGAAGCUGUGGGGAUACGAGAGAGUGGAUGAGAUAAUCUGGGUGAAAACUAACCAGUUACAACGGGAAUUAUUCGAACUGGACGAACGGGACAUUGGCUUAAUCAUGGAAAAGAGCACUGCUUGGUUGGUGUGAAAGGAAACCCACAAGGGUUUAAUCGGGGUCUUGACUGCGAUGUAAUUGUGGCUGAGGUUCGUUCUACAAGUCACAAACCUGACGAGAUUUAUGGCAUGAUUGAGCGUCUCUCACCUGGAACUCGCAAGAUUGAGCUCUUUGGACGACCCCACAAUGUUCAGCCAAAUUGGAUAACAUUAGGAAAUCAGUUGGAUGGGAUCCAUUUAUUAGAUCCAGAUGUUGUGGCUCGAUUUAAGCAACAGUAUCCAGAUGGAGUGAUCUCAAAACCAAAGAAUGUGAUGAACUGCUCUUACUACAUUAAUGAACAAGAUAAUAUGGAUCAGAAAUGCAUAGGCAUUUGA